UUUAGAUGUUUAUACUUGGAGAGAGAUUAGAUUAAUUGGGACCAUGAUUAUCUCAUACCACUGUAUAAUUUCUGCGUAGGAGGAGAGAAAAGAUAAAAUGAAGGGAGGUGUUUGCUAAUAUUAAAUAUCCUAAAAUCAUGACUCAUUAUCAUUCAUUCCUCCCUAUUUUUGUCUCUCUCUCAUGGUGUAGGUGUGUAGCAGACAUUUAGUAUCCAUACAAAAUUAUUCUAAACUCAUAGUGUUAUAAAUCCCUCGAGAGAGAGGAAGUCUCUCAACCUCUGACAAACAAAACACACAAACACUCUUUCCUGAUGGAGCAUUCUCUGAAUCCUUCUAUGGGAAAAGCAGUGUCUGGCAGUGCCAAUGAGGAAAGUGGCUGGACUUCUUACUUCGAAGAAUUCUCUAAAGGCAUGGAGCAGCAAAGUUACUGUUCCAAUUUAGGUGGCUCCUCUUUGGUCUCAGAUGCUGCUUCUUGUGCUGCAUGGAAACUCUCACAUCACAAUCACCUUGUUUCCCACCCUUCUAAUAAUAAUGUUGUCUCUAAGAAACUUCGUUUCAAGAAAACAAGAACCCAACAGAUAUCAGAUGAUGAUCCUUUGGAGGACACUGCUAGCUCCCCAGUCAAUAGUCCCAAGGUAGGAGUCUUGAAAGUUUCUAGCAAGAUUGAUAAUCAACUAGAUGGUUGUACUUCUAGGGGUAAGGAGUUUAACUCAGAGCAUCAUCCGAAGCUGCAGGCUGAUGAAUGUGACAUAAAUUUUAAUGGAAACAAUAUUGAGUGCAACACAAACUUGAAGAAAAAGGGUCUCUGCUUGGUUCCUUUGUCCAUGUUGGUUAAUUAUUAUGGGUGAAUGGUGCUUUUGUCUAUGGCCUUUAAUUUCCUUGUCUUGUAACCUUCUCUUUGUAUUCUUCUAUGUAGCUUGACUGUUCAGGUUAAUUACGUUGCUGUAUACCUAUAUAGCAUGAUCGAUCAGUGACAGAUAAUCUGUAUGACUGUAUUAUACCAAUCAUUGUUAUCAUAACAUGAGUCCAUAAUUUAUGUUUUGUUCA